ACCAAGUACACUGGUGGGCGCUGUUUUAAGAACAUUAUCCAGCUGCGCUGCCGCUGCCGUCAUACUCUCAGCUUUUUAUGUAACGUAAUCCCACCAAAUAUUGAUGUUUUCAGUCUGUUUUGAUCAAGAAAGAAGCUUCUGAAACGACGGACAGUGUCUCGAUGGAGGGAGAUGAUGGCGACUUCCCCCCUGAGUCAUCAGAGCACUCUCAUUCCCAGCGAGGAAGUGUGGCUUCCUCAGUCACCAGAGCUCAGGAUUUGUUGGUGUACUUGGCGAGCGACAGUGCAGUGCACUUGACUUUGGAGGGUCUCGGCUGUAUGAAUGCGCAGGAGCUCGGCCGCAAUGUCCGAGAAGCCCUCAACAUUCCCAACUCUGCCGUCGAUGUGUUCGCUUUCUGGUUCUGCUCUCCUCUGCUUGACCUGCAGUUGAAGCCGAAACAUUUGCCCUACAAGCUGUGUCGUCAGUGGCAGGACCUGUUGUACCGCUUUACUGAGGCCCCCGCCGAAGACAUUUCUCAAGAUGAGCCAAGUCUUGUGUUCAAAAGAAAUGUUUUUUAUUCCAAGUCAAAAGAACUUCAGAUUGAAGAUGAAGGAGUGUUGAGGCUACUAUAUGACGAGGCCAAGGUGAACAUCUUGGAGGGUCGUUACCCCUGUGACCCUGAACACUGGCUGAUAUUGGGAGCUUUGUCCUGUGCCAUUGAGCUGGGGACUGGGCUUGAUGACCAGGCCCUAACAGCGGCAAUCAGAGAGAAGAAGCUGUCCUCAUUCCUCCCGGCCCACGCUGCAUUAGGAGGAGGAGGUUUUCUGUCCACACUGAGGGGGAGAGGAGGGAGGAAUGCAGAGAUGGAGCAAAAUCUUAUAAAGGAGUAUCGUUCAGUCUGCUCCUCUGCUGCCACUGGCUCCCAUCAGGAGCCCAUCGCUCUGCUGCACCAGUACCUCAGGAGCUGCCACACUCUGCCUUACUAUGGAUGUGCUUUCUUCAUGGGUGAGAUAGACAAGCCAGCACAGGGCCUCCUUCACAGAGGUGGCCGUAAGGCUGUGAGUGUAGGCAUCAGUCUGGAAGGAGUAUAUGUUAUGGAUGUGAAAGAGAAGCAUGUCCUUCUGGGUCUUAAGUUUAGUGAGCUUUCCUGGGAUCACAGCUACCCUGAGACAGAGGGAGACUCGCAUAUCCUCUGGCUGGAGUUUGAUGGAGAGGAGGCUGGCAUGCCUGUUAAUAAAUUAUUAAAGAUUUAUUCAAAACAGGCCGAGCUAAUGAGUGGUCUUAUUGAGUUUUGCGUGGAGUUGCGCUCUGUUGGCGAGUCCGCAGCAGCAGGUACUGACGGUGAAGUCACACCUUCUCAAGAACCUUCGGGUCGGGAAACCAAUGAGAAAACCAGAGAGCGACGGCAGGGGAAACUGCGCAGACAGAACAGCGUAGUCUGUAGCCGAGUCCAUUCACUCAACACCAUCAGCUAUGUUGAUGAUGGCAAAGAGAUUAAACGUCUGAAGCCCAAAAGAGCUGCUUCUUUCUUCACGCGACAGGCCCAGCCUCCCACUUACUCGGCUGUUCAGGUGACUGAAAGUUUGGAGCAAGGGUGACCCCCGGCUUCAACACCGCCCUCUUCUGCCUGGUGACCAAAACAACAUCUGUUUAUUUAGAUCCUCAGAGAGACUGCAAAACCAUCUGAAUGGACAGAUCGGACCAAGAUCACAGACUGAAGAGCUAAGCCAGUAUUUAUAGAUAAUUUGUGCAUUAUGUCAUAGGUCUAAGCUUUCUAUUUUGGCCGUUAAAUGAAUGUGAAAUUUGCUUCAAUAAUGCUGUUCUGUUAAACUAUGGUAACAAAUAUAUUUUGGUGCAAAAGCAGGACUAUGAGACACGAUCCGAAAGCUCUGUUUAGGUCACUCUUCUGAAUGUAGAUUCUACUAUGCAACCAUCAAACCAAACUACAUCCCAGUGGCUGUAAAUCAAGAGUACAGUAGUACAACAAUGUAAUCCAUGCCACUAAUACUGCUCAAACUAGACCUGCUGCACCAAAGCAAACAGUCAAUGCCUCUAGCAUAGGACAACUGCUCCUAUACACAAAACCAGGGCUGCAGUCUGUGGAAAAGCAUUGCAAAGACAGCAUAGACUGAGAUUAUGACAUUCUACUUGUGUACUGAAUGUGUGCAUUGUUUUAGUGCUCUGUUUAGUACAGGGCUCAUUUGCAUAUAGCGACUUCUGCUUUAUAACAAGAUGGUUGUUCAAAUUAAUUUAAUUUUUUUUUGUUCUGUUGAGACCAAACAUAAAUCAUGACUCUACACAUGAGUGCUGUUAAUUAUAGUAGUGGUCCCACUACCUUGUUGCUCUGGAGAAUCAUGUCUUUCUGAUUGUGUGCAUGGAAUGCACUGCUGAAAACAAUCCAGGUCAUAUGUGAUCAUAAUCUGCAUUUGUAAAGCAGAGAGAACUUUAAUACAUCAAAGGUGCUUGGGGAUCAGUUGGUGAUGAUGUGUCUGCUGUUUCUAUUUCUAUCUAGUGAACGUAUGAAACCCUAAGCAUUGUACGGUAUAUCCAGCCUUUUAGAGAUGGAAUGUACAUAGCUAUAUAAAAUGCAUAUGAUUUUUUUUUUUUUUUUUUAACAAUAGUUGUAGCAGCACGGAGGCCUACAUUAUUUUUUCGUCUAAGACCAUUACAAAAAAAUUCAAAGGAAGUUGUUCAAUUUGGUAACAGCCAGCAUUAUGCUAAUUGUCAGCUGUUUUUGUUUAUUUGAUCAUAACCUCUGAUGCUUAAUGUCCAGUUAUGUCCCUGUGGCAUCAUUACAAACAAUUUGAGACUUUUACUGAUUGUCUGAAUUUAGAAGAAUUACUAAAUGAAUGAAUUUGUUUUUAAGCAAGUGAUUUAAUUGUUCUUAAACAUUCAAGUACCUAUCAAAUCUUAAUGUCAAGCCCUACAGGUUACCAAACACACUUCUGUAUUUAUCAAUGCAUUACAUCUGUAGUCUUAAAUUGAUUUUAUGGUGUGCAUGUUUCUGUGAAUGUUUCUAUAUCUGCUUUCUCUGUCACAUUUAAUGUUGCAAAUCGAUCAUUACACCCACUGCAUUUCUUUUUAUGCAAAACACUCAUCGUCAAGAUGUUAAUCCUAAAAUGCAUGUUUCCAGAUUUUCUGUACUGUUGUCUUCUAUAACUUUUUUUUUUUAAUUCUAAAGCUAAUCCAAUAUAUAUAUAUUUCAGUCUGAACAUCUGUCAACCACAUGUGUACCUACUAACUGUGCUGUAGAUAGUCACAUCUUUGUAUCGAAAUAUUGAAUCUGUCAAUACUAAUUUAAAGUGCCUUUUUUACAUUCACAUUAAAUCUGUUGCUAUA